AUGGACGGCCCAUCAUCGGAUCUCUUUUCCACUGAGUCAAAUCCGUUCGAUCGGCUUCCGCAAGAGAUCCUCGCCGUCAUCUUGCGCCACGUGGCACCAUCCGGCACGUCUUUUCAGCACGCCUUGGUGUGCAAGCGAUGGCAUCGCGCCGCGUGCCUCGCACAGUCAUCAGUCCACGUGGCGAAAUCUCGAGCCAUCUCCUCGCCGCGCCUCCUCCUCGCGCUCUCCCGUUUUCCCCGCCUCACCCACCUCCAUAUCGAUCGAGACGGAGUCGAUUUCUUAGACGACGGUUUCCUGACAAUUCUCGCUAAAAGUGCUUGUAACGGGUGUGACAUUAACGACGACGAGGCGGAGGAUGCGGAGGAGGAGGAAAAUCACGAAAAGGGAACGGGCGGCAAUAGCUGUAUAGUGGACGGCACUGGCGGUGGACUGGGCGGCACUGGUGAUACAGAGGCCUGCAGUGAUGGUAUGGCACACGGCAUCAGGUCGUCAUUAGAAAGAACGAGCAUCGCCAGCACCCGCACAGCAGCACAACCUCCUCUCGCGUCCGCGCUCCCAGCUCCGCAUAUCCAGCCGCGCACCUCCCCUCUCCGGGCUCUCUUUCUCGCGGAGGACCCUCGCUCCCCUCCGCGCAUCACAGCAGCAGGCCUGGACUCCCUCUUCCUCUACUGCCGCCUCUUACGCGCCCUCUCUCUGCACUGCGGCCGUGCAAUCACCGCCCUCCCGCCCUCUCUAGUCACACUGCCUGCACUCACUUCUCUAGAUAUUGCCAUGCCCUGCCUAGGCUGCCUGCCGGAUGCUUUUGGCUCCCUGACCGCCUUGAGAGUUCUUAGGCUGGAAAGCCCCAGUCUUAGCUCUCUGCCCGAGAGCCUCGGGCAGCUGAAAUUACUGGAAGAGCUUACUCUCCGGUGCUUGUCUGCCCGAAACCUUCCUGAUUGGAUCGGGCAGGUUAGCAGCCUCACCUGCCUGGACAUCGAAAGCUGUUCUUUUCGGCAGCUGCCCGAGUCUCUGGGCAGCCUUCAUUCCUUAACCUCACUUCGCCUAUCAUCUCUUGAUUUCGACUCCUUGCCAGAAUCCAUUGGCCAGCUUUCCGCCUUGAAACGUUUCAUCUUGGAAAAAAUGCCUGUGACAAGUCUGCCCGAGCUUUUUGGGCGCCUGGAAAACCUUUCUGUGCUCCAAUUGAACGACUGUGAUUCCCUCCUCUCCCUGCCGAACUCCCUUUUCACCCUGCCUUCCCUUUCCACCCUUUUCAUUGGCUGCUGGGCCCUCCCCGCACUACCAGACAAUAUCUCCCACCUGUCAGUUUUGGAACAUUUAGAGCUGAACGCCUGUGAGGGCCUCACCUCCCUUCCAGAAUCUCUGUCCGAGCUGCCCGCUCUAAAACACCUAGAAAUCUCCGGCUGCCCGUGUCUAAAAUCCCUACCAGCGUCCCUUAACCAGCUGAAGCACCUAACCUCCCUGGAAAUACACAAUUGCGACUCGCUCUCGCUCCUCCCCCCAUCGCUCCCUCUCCUCCCUUCUCUCUCACGCCUUGUGAUUGUCGGAUGCUCCCAUUUGAGAGAGCUUCCGGGGAACCUGGGCCAACUGAGGAGUCUAAGGGUGCUGGAGCUGGGCUUGUGCAAGAGCCUAAGGAGCCUGCCAGAUUCGAUUACGGAAUUGGGUCGGUUGGAAAGAGUUGUGGUGCUUGGUUGCAGGAGGCUGGAAAGCGUGCCUGAAGGGAUUGCAGAGAUGCCGAGCGUGCAAGAGGUGGUGUUUAGGGAAUGUGAUGCUCUUGUGUGA